UUGUCAAUGGUUCAGCGACAGUAAACAAGCCAUUCAUCUUACCGGUGUAUUACACUGUCGGUAAUUAUGUAGCCAUCCACAUACACAGGUAUCAGCGGUUCGGUACUACUCGAAGCAGCAGCAAUAUCUUGGUCUGUCGGCGCUUAGGAUGCUGGGGGUAUUCCUCCUUGUGAUGUUCGCCCGGAUUCUGGCCCUCGGGUAUGUGGUUGGUGCGUCAGACACUAAGCUGGUCAGACUGGUGGACAGCGGCAAGAAUUGCUCAGGCAGAGUGGAGGUUUACCGCAGUCACCAGUGGGGAACAAUAUGUGGUCGUGGCUGGGACCUAAGAGAUGCAGACGUGGUGUGCAGAGAGCUGGGCUGUGGGAGAGCCGUAAGUGCCUUCACCACCACCAUGUUUGGGAGAGGCGUCGGAGUCAUAUGGCUGAGGGACAUGCAGUGCACCGGUGACGAGGAGGAACUGUCCCAGUGCCACAGCCACAGCUUCUGGAACAGCAAGGAUGAACACAGCUGCUCCCACAGGGAUGAUGCGGGGACUGAGUGCUCAGGACCUCUGGAGAGACCUGUCCUGUCCUUGCUGUCCCCCCAGUCUGUGUUCUAUCCUGGAGAGGCUGUGCGCUUCAGCUGCAUGGCACCCCCUAGUCCCUACCACAUUACUGACUUCUACUUGUACAGGAGGGGUGGUGUGGUGUCCCACACAUUUGCAUCCCCACAGAUGAGGACAGAGCUUGUGGUUUUCAACAUGGAGAUGCCCCAUCAGGGCAGCUACAGCUGUGUGUACAAAGUGCAGGGCAGAGUGCGGUCCCCACCUAGUAACUCCGUUAACAUCACUGUGGUGGAGCUGAACACACCAGAAAUCUGGUACAAUGUGUCCCUCGAUGCACCCCCAGGAAGUGUGAUUCGGGGUCACAGCUUCAACGUGACAUGCUCCACUCAGUCACUGUAUCCAGGGGGCUCCUUUCAGCUUCGGAUUAUCCGUUCCAAUGGCACAGUACGCCAGUCAGUGCCUGCUUUUACUCCCUCAGUCACCUUCACCUUUCCCAGUGCCCAGACUUCACAUGAGGGCUACUACUGCUGUUUGUACCGGGUUCAGCUGGGGGGCAGAGUCUUCACCUCUCGGGAGAGCCAGCCACUACCCAUCAUCCUCAGAGAGCCGAAACCCAUUCUGAGUGCCAUGGAGGUCAGCUGGCUGGUGUCUGCGGUCACAUUUGCUGUUGCAGUUCUAGUGAUCAUUCUGGUUGUGCGUGGGCUGUGUAAGAGGAAGGGUACACCCAUGGAACUGGAGAGAGGCAGCCGGACAUGUGUUGAGAACACGUACGUUGUUGUACCAGUUAAAUAACAAGAUCUGACAUAGAAAAAUUCCUGAGGUCCAGGUCACGAGUGCAGUGCGGAGUUGAAGCAGGGCCGUGUCUAAUGCUGUGGACUGGCUGAUCAGAAGGCUUUGGGCCUACCUGACAUGCAGGGGUCUCCCAGCAGGCCUGGAUGUGAGAGAACAGCUCCCCCACCCCCUGCUCUCCUCAUCUACAAUGAGGGAGCAAAUGAUCCUCACUGGAAAUGACUACAGACGGACCAGGAACAGCACCUAAAGACAGCCCACCUGUCCAAACCCUAAAGGUUAUCUCGAUCACUGUCUGUAAAACUUCUUUUUGGUCAAUGACUGAGGUUUUCUCAUAGGAAACAACCAAAUGGUGAUUGGACACUUUCCAGCUGUUCCAUCCAACAGCUGCAACGUCUGAGGAGAUUAUGCUCGCAGUACAAAGCACUGUGCAUUAGAAUGCUGCUCUGACCUCCUAAAAGCACCUGAAAGCUGGUGGUGGUGGCCGAUGCAAGCUGUGGACAUCUGUCAAAAGAGCCCUUCACUCUGGGAUAAGCAGAGAGGGGAACACUGCAGCACUUUAACAGAGCAUUUGCUUUUGUUCAUUUCUACUAAACAUUUUAUAACUUCUA